CCGCUGCAGCCGCUGCGCGUUCGGCGGGGGAGGAGUCGGAGGCGGAGAAGAAGGCGGUGGUGGCGGGUGGAGGAUCAAGCGCCGUUCUCGCCCUGGAGCCGCUGCACAUUUCGGAAUCAUUUGCAGCUUAUUCACUGUGUAAGUAAAAACCAAAGAUCAAUAAUUCUACUGAACUGGGAGCAUAGACGCUGCCAUAUAUGUCACAGUACACUGAAAAAGAAGCAUCAGUAAUGGAUCAAGAAUCCAACAAGGCUGCUUGGCCUAAACCAGCAGGAGGAUAUCAGACUAUUACAGGCAGGAGAUAUGGAAGAAGACAUGCAUAUGUCAGUUUUAAGCCAUGUAUGACCAGACAUGAAAGAAGCUUAGGUAGGGCUGGCGAUGACUAUGAAGUAUUGGAACUAGAUGAUGUUCCAAAGGAAAACUCAGGUUCCAAUUCAUUGGAUCAAGUCCAUCCUUCCCUCCUCAGUGAACCUGCAUUUGAAAACAGUGAAACACAAGCUCUUACUUGUGACCCAGCACUGCCCCAGAGCACUGAGAGCAGUCCAUCCAUGGCCGCAGGGUGUCACAGUGAGGGGGUUAGGGAAACCUUAGAGAGCAAUAUGAAACUUCUCAACCACGCUGAGACACAGAUUACUCCAGCACUUUGUCAUGUCUCGCCUGUCCAAGAUGGGAUUGUGUUAGUCCAAACUGACUCUUAUGGUCCAGACAGCAAACAUGAUAAGAGUGAUUCUCUUCACCUUUCUGCAGAAACUGUGGAAGGUGGUAGAUGUCAGGAAGUAUUGGGCAAUACAGUAUUUGAGCUGGAAAAUGGAGAGGCAGAGGUGUACACUGACCUGUCACCGUCAGUUCCCUCUCUCAACUGUGAAAUUAGUGAUGAGUUUGAAGAGCUAGAUUCAGCACCUUCAGAGGAAAAUUCUGCUGGUAAUGCUGAGCUUGUCCAUUCAAAUGGGCAGGAAUUUCAGAGAUCUGAAGAUGACAUUGUUAGAAAGAGGCAACAAGAGGAUACUGAUCAGGGAAUCCAGACAGAAAAUUCAACUGAACAUGCAGACUGUGUUCCAGGGCAUAUUUGUAGUGAACAAAAUACUAGUGAUAGAGCCAACCACCAUGGAAGUUCUCCUGAACAGGUAGUAAGGCCCAAAGUUAGAAAAGUGAUAAGUUCAAGCCAGGUGGACCAAGAAAUAGGUUUUAAUAGGCAUGAGGCUAAACAAAGAAGUGUUCAGAGAUGGAGAGAGGCUUUAGAAGUUGAGGAAUGUAGUUCAGAUGACCCUAUAAUAAAGUGUGAAGAAUAUGAUGGAGAACACGAGUGCAUGUUCUUGACCCCACCUUACUCAAGAGUUACUCAAGGGGAAACUGAAUCUAAUCAUGUAACAUCAGAAGAUGGAGCCACAGCUUCAGGAAGGCAAGACGCUCAGGAUAAUUCCUUUUGGAAUGGCUGUGGAGAUUAUUACCAACUCUAUGAAAAAGAUGAAGACAGUUCAGAAUGCAGUGAUGGAGAAUGGUCUGCUUCUCUGCCUCACCGAUUUUCUGGGACAGAAAAAGAUCAGUCUUCAAGUGAUGAGAGCUGGGAAACUCUACCGGGAAAAGAUGAGAAUGAACCUGAGCUACAGAGUGAUAGUAGUGGCCCUGAGGAAGAAAACCAAGAACUGUCUCUUCAAGAGGGGGAACAGACAUCCUUGGAAGAGGGAGAAAUUCCCUGGUUACAGUACAAUGAAGUCAAUGAAAGCAGCAGUGAUGAAGGAAAUGAGCCUGCCAAUGAGUUUGCACAGCCAGAAGCUUUCAUGUUGGAUGGUAACAACAACCUUGAGGAUGACUCCAGUGUGAGUGAGGAUCUAGAUGUGGAUUGGAGCCUGUUUGAUGGUUUUGCGGAUGGACUAGGAGUUGCUGAAGCUAUUUCUUAUGUGGAUCCUCAGUUCCUCACCUACAUGGCACUAGAAGAGCGCUUAGCCCAGGCUAUGGAGACUGCGCUGGCACAUCUAGAAUCUCUUGCAGUAGAUGUUGAGGUGGCUAAUCCACCAGCUAGUAAGGAAAGCAUUGAUGGACUUCCAGAAACUCUUGUUCUAGAAGAUCAUACUGCUAUUGGUCAGGAGCAGUGCUGCCCAAUCUGUUGCAGCGAGUAUAUUAAGGAUGACAUAGCGACAGAGCUGCCAUGCCAUCACUUCUUUCAUAAGCCUUGUGUCUCAAUUUGGCUACAGAAGUCGGGAACAUGCCCUGUGUGCCGCCGUCAUUUCCCACCUGCAGUUAUUGAAGCUUCUGCAGCUGCUUCCUCUGAACCUGAUCCUGAUACCCCACCUGCAAAUGACAGUACUGCAGAAGCCCCGUAAACCGUAACAUUGAAAUGAGAUCUAAAUUCUAUCACAGUAAAUCUGCAAAUUCCUUCUUAACCUGAUGUGCAAAUAAUUAUAAAUAAAUAUAUUUAAAAUGCUAUAUAUAGUAUAUGCUCUAGUUUAGAAAGAGAAUAUUAACCUUUCUAAACUGAAUUUAGGUUUGCAGAACAUACUAACCAUUUUCAGACUGAAUGUUCAGGCAGUGCAUCCACUUUCUUUAGUCGAAUAUGUUGGUGUUCAUCGUAAAGUCAGUAGUCAUCUCUGUGGCAUAUGUUACUGGUUUUGUCUGAAGUGCUGCCACUAAGAGAUCAUAAUUAAGCUCUUCUUUCCACAUCAGAUGUGAAGACUCUGAUCACAACAGUAGUAAAAUUUGGUUCCAUUGAAAAUAAAUUGAAUUCUAAAGCAUGCAUUUUCACUGGUCCCUUUGCUUUUGCUACAUCGAAACUUCUUAGUUUAUAAUAAUACUGAGAAGCUUAAGAUUAAAGCUUUUCAGAAUGCCAGACAAAGACUAAAAUUUGGACCAGAACAUGAAAAAAAUUUACAUCUUAGAUGUAAACCUCCUGAAAUGGUUAUAUAAUAAAAUAUUCAUGAACAUUGGAUGUGUUUAAAGGCCAGUAAAGCAUGUGAAUAAGCUGAUGUGCUCCAUGCUUGACACAGUUACAUGUAUUUGGCCUUAGGAAACACUAUCUAAGCCCUUAUCCAGUCUGUUUCUGCUUAUUAAAUACUUGAAGGUCCAGAACACUCUAGACAUACUUGUUUAAGAAACUGGAUGUUGUUGUUUAAGGUAGUUUGGUUUCUGAAGUACUUAGAAGGUCUGAAGAUUUGCACAUGGCCUUGUUUGUAACUACAUCACCCACAUGAAAAUUGCACAGCUGUAGGUGGUCACGCGGAGCAGGCAAGUCCAUGAGACACACUGUAAUUGGUAGCUUACAGCUGAGACCUGAUGUCAGUGCUAGAGAGCUAUGGCAUACAGGUACAGUAUUAGAGCUUACAGUGAGUGCACAUCUACCCAGUCCACUGCCUACCUAGUUUCGGGAAUGUUUAUAGAGCUCCCGGAAUGCAUAGUUUCAUUUGAUUUGUGUAAUAUCUCUGAAUAUUUAUAUUCUUUUUUCUCCAUUCUUAAUAAUAAAUGGAUUUUCACCGUUGGCACAUUUGAGGCUUAAAUAUAAGAAACAUAAACACUUGCAUUCUGAUUUUUUUGCAUAUAUUGUAAAUGUGGCUGGUAUUUACAGCAGAAUACUGUGUAUCCUUUUAUGGGUAAAAACAAAAGUGAACAUUGCAUGCAAGUAAUGUGGUGAAUUUGUAAUUUAGGGGUUCUCUGGGGCUUCUGUGACUUUGGAUGCUUACAUUCAGGCCUUAAUGUUGCUCUAGCUAGCAUGUUUCCUUCUCAUGUAUAUAGUCAACGUUGUAUAAACUAAUCUUUGCUUGUUUUCUACUCUGUGAUCUUUCCAUACCAUAUUUCAUUGAGGAUCAGUUAGUGUCAAGAAGUCAUACCAGAUUAACAUUAGUUCCCAUGUGUGUACUGUGGACAUUUGUGGAUCGUGUGGUUUAUUUGUUUUAUCGUAUGUACUGCUGAAUAGCUGCGGCACUUACUGAUUAAACUUACAUUGCUGCAGAUUGCUUUGUAUCAAGCCACAUGUUAUGUUUAGUCAGUAUUAAGGGACCUCGGUUUUAUUCUCCUAGAUAGCAGCUGUCCCAAAGAAAAUAUUUCUUCUUUGCCUAUUCAGAUUUAGCUAUUAUCUGCCAGUUGUUAAAAGGUUUGGUUCCAAACUCAGCCAGAGAGUUGAACGUAAGGUAGCUGUUGUACUUUUUGCCUUCCAUCUGUUAUCGCCCUUCAUUGUUGGCUCCCUACUACGUAUACACAGCUGCUGUGAAGAAGAAAGCUGAAUAAGACUUGCUUUAAAUUUUUUAAAAAGGAAAAUAAGGUUUUAGGACUUCAUGGUGACAAGCCAGUAUAAGCUGAGCCUGACAAGUUCAGACCCCAGUACAUUAUUGGAGCUUAUCUUGGAUCCUUUGGAAAGUUAAGAAUAUAUGAAGGUAAAUUAGAAAUAGUGAAAAUAUUAAUAAAAUGACAUGUAUCUUAUUUCUUUAUUUUAUGUUGUUACUUGGCUUAAUAAUUUUAAUUUUUUGAACAUUUUUUUCUUAUAAUAUGAAUGCUGAUAUUUAAAGUUCAACUCAUGUGGAUUUCUUUUGUGUUUCUUAGUUUAUCUCUAAGCUAACUAACUUUUAAGAUUAUUUGUGAUAUGGAUUUAUAUAUAAGCUGUUAAAUAUAUAUGAGCUGUUAAAAUGGAAUGCAAGGUUUUCAAAAGCCCAGGUCUAACUGUAAUGAUUGGUUUAUUGUUCUACAAUCCCAGCCCGCCAUUUUCCGUGUAAAUCAUAAACAAUAAACAGGAUAUACUCGGUGGUCA